GUGAGACUUUUACUUUUGCAUUACUUUGAAGGACUUGCAUUGGUCGUGAGUUAUGGGGAGACAACCUUGUUGUGACAAACUUGGUGUGAAGAAAGGUCCAUGGACAGCUGAGGAAGACAAGAAACUCAUCACUUUUAUUCUUACCAAUGGACAAUGUUGUUGGCGUGCUGUGCCUAAACUUGCCGGCCUUCGGCGUUGCGGUAAGAGCUGUCGUCUUCGUUGGACUAAUUAUCUUCGUCCUGAUUUAAAGAGAGGUCUCUUAACUGAAGCAGAGGAGCAGCUUGUUAUUGAUCUCCAUGCCCGUCUUGGCAACAGGUGGUCGAAGAUUGCUUCACGGUUACCCGGGAGAACAGACAAUGAGAUUAAAAAUCAUUGGAACACACACAUCAAGAAAAAGCUCAUUAAGAUGGGAAUUGAUCCCAUUACUCAUGAACCUUUGAAUAAACAAGCAUCAUCCAAUGAUAGUAGUACUUCAUCCCCUGCAGAAAAUUUUUCACAGCCUGUCAACAAUCAUGAAGUGAAGGAAACUGAUGGGGUUGUCAAUUCAGAGGAGAAUUCAAGCUCAUCCCCAGCUGAAAAUUCUUCUGGAGAAGAAUCACUUUUGCUAGAUAGCAUUUGCAGUGACGAUUCUCUAAUGAAUAGUAUAUGGUUGGAUGAAACACCAUUGGUGGAAGCCCUUUGGGAAAUGGACACUACACCUAUAGCAGAAAAUACAAAAAAUGACAUAAAUUUUAUGCCUUCUUGGGAGGAUAAUUGUGCUUGGCUAUUUGAUUGUCAGGACUUUGGUAUUCAUGACUUUGGAUUUAACUGUUUCAAUGAGAUUGAGUCAAGUACACUGCAAACUAUAGGGAUCAAGGAAAAUAAACAUUAGCAUAUGAAUAAGCAAGUAUAUUUGGCUUGUGAAAAAAAAUACCAUGAGCUCAAAUUAAAGCUGUGUUGAGUUUUAUUUAGUUAGUGUUUCACAAAUGUUCUUGAAAUUCCUCUUAUGAGGUUCCUAGUGAACCAAAUCAUAAAAAUGAUAGCAAGCCAAAAAUCAUGGUAAUGCUACAUAGUAAAUAUACUUUCUUCCAAUUAAUUGGUGUAAUUUUAUGUGUACUUUAGUGGCAU